AUGUCCCUAGUAGAGGUUACAAGUGGAGACCAUUUUAACAAGCUAAUAAAUGACAAUGACAAAGUGGUAGUUGAUUUCUCUGCAGACUGGUGUGCACCAUGUAAUGGCAUUGCACCAUUUUACAAGGAACUUGCCGAAAAAUAUCCAGGUCUCACGUUUCUCAAGGUCAACGUUGAAAAUUUGUCGGACGUUUCUGAAGGUGUUAGUGCGCUGCCCACUUUUAAAUUCUACUUCAAAGGAAAAUCCCUCCAAAAUGAUGUUGUUGGUGCAAAUAGACUUCAAUUAGAAGCGUUAGUCAAGAACCUUGAAGCUCUAACAGCUUGA